UUGCUAUAUUUAGAAAUUGCGUAAUGUUUCUAUUUUUAGAAAUUGCGUGUUUCUAUUUAUAGAAUUGCGUGUUUCUAUUCAUAUAUAUAUACAAAAUAGAUAAACAAAACUUAUGUGACAGACCAACUUAAUUUAUAAAAAGGAAACGUUAAGAUAUGUUCAAACCUUUCUAUGUUUGCGUUUAGAAAAAGUAAAAAGUCGAGCAUUGCCCCCGCCCGGCGGUGGCUCUUGUUUAAUCUACUGUCGCCAUCUGUAAUGUAUAAAGAAUAAACAGUAUUAUACCUUCGUUAAUUGUGAAGACCUAUUUUUUAUAAUACGUGUUAGCAAAUCCCACCAAGCGCAUUUUGGAAAGAAAGACCUGAGUUCGUAUAACCACAGAGUUGGGUAUACAUUGUAAAAAUACUUCACACUCUUCAUUAUUUAAAUGUCCAUAUAUGAACAUAAUUAUGUGGUAAUCUUGAGGUAACAAAAAUAUAUUUGCAUUGAUACAUGCUGGUACAUAUUUCUUUGUUUAUGUUAAUAUAGCUUUAAAAUAAAAGAUAAACUCAAGUUAUAAUUAGAAUAUAUGAUACGUAUGUUCAAGUAUUAAUUAGCAUAUAAAUUUUGAAUCAUAUCAGUAAUGGCUUAAUCAACUUACUUAAGGGGAUGAUACUCCAGUGACCUUAGCAGCAGCAUCAAUUUGUUGUUGCUGAGGUGGUGGUGUUUGUUCCGGUUGCUGUUGCUGCUGUCGAAGUGGUUGUUGCUGUAGUGGUUGUCGCGAUGUUGUUAGUGAUGAUGAUGUCUAAAACAUGCAAUCUCAAUUUAUAACAUAACAUUAUACAUAUAAAAAAUAUACUAUAACAUUGUACAUGCAUCUUACUAAAAAUGUUAGCACUUAUACUUAGAUACAUACAUCUUAAGCAUAUACCUUUCAAUGAGUAAAUGAUAUUUUGUCUAUGAUCAAUAAUUUCUAACAUCAUAAAUAUAAAGUAUAAAACAAACCUGUGUGAAUGUCUUAUUUGAAAUGUUGCAUUUUUUAUAUUUUAAAAAAUGAAAAUGUCUUACUGGGGUGGCUAAGAAGUACUCGUCAUUCCCAUCAAACUUGUCUUGAGGAUAAAGUGUAAUCUGGAGGUAACAAAAAUAUAUUCGCAUUGAUACAUGCUGGUACAGAUUUCUUCUUUUUUUAUGUUAAUAUAUCUUUAAAAUGAAAGAUAAACUCAAGUUAUAAUUAGCAUAUAUGAUACGAAUGUUAAAGUAUUAAUAAUCAUAUAAAUUUUUAAUCAUGUCAGUAAUGACUUAAUCAACUUAUUUAAGGGGGUGAUACUACAGUGACCUCAGCAGCAGCAACAAUUUGUUGUUGCUGAGGUGGUGGUGUUUGUUCCGGUAGUGGUUGUCGCGAUGUUGUUAGUGAUGAUGAUGUCUAAAACAUGCAAUCUCAAUUUAUAACAUCAAACAUAUAAAAAAUAUACUAUAACAUUAUACAUGCAUCUUACUAAAAAUGUUAGCACUUAUACUUAGAUACAUACAUCUUAAGUAUAUACCUUUAAAUGAGUAAAUGCUAUUUUGUCUAUGACCAAUUAUUUCUAACAACAAGCGAGGUGAUAUCUAAAUGCUAUAAAAUAAUAAAAUAAAAUAAAAAAAAUGACAAACCUGCGUGUUGGUUAAUUUAUCAUGAUAAUAAUCCACUCUACCUAGCAACUUUUUCAGUUCAUCAAUUUCCUCCUUGCUGAAGGAAAUAGAUUUGGUUUUUGUAAAGUCAAAUUUACCGCUAGGGUUGUUAAAACAACCCUUGACGUCGGAUAUGUGGAUACAUGUAUUCCCAUGAAAAGGGGUCAUACAUAUUUCUUUAUUCUUUCCAAAUUUUGAAGAAGCUUUCACUAGAACGCUAUUGUAAUUUCGUUUUUCAGUGAAACUAAACAUACAUGACAUGUGGCAUUAUAAGGUAAACCCACUAGUGGGUAUAUGUCAGUCUGUUUGUUGGAUUUCUUUCCCUUGACGGAUAGCGUCUUUCUCUUCCUUCUCUUGCUUGCAAUGGAAUUUGUUCAUCGUGAUUAUAAAAUCCAUACUGUAUCCAAUUAAAAAAAUAUGAUAAAUGUCUGUCAUAAAAAUGUAUAAACUAAUCACUGUUGUAAACAUGAUAAGUUACAUAUAUCUCACGCGUGUUAAUUAAUACUGUCCUGUUUAUUGAGAGUUUAAAUAUCAAUAUAAUUAUAUCGUUAUUCGUGUAAAUUAAAAUAUAAUUCUUGUUUUAAAAAUAUAUUAUUCUUGAUUAAUACAUCGUUUCUGUUUCGUUUGAAAAAAGACAGUUAAAUAAAAAUAUUUAUAUUUGCGCUCCCUGGCUAUGCCACAUGAAACACAAGAGCAAGUGGAUUGAAAAUGUCUGGCAUUUAACCAAUGCCAGACCUUUUAUAAACACUAGGGGCGCGUUUGUUUUGCAUAAACCGGUUUCAGUAGUAGGUUUAGGUUUUAUGACAAAUUAUUUUGAAACCAAAACUAGUUUAGAUGGUUUGCAGUUGCUACUACAAAUGCAUGGUUUUACAAAUGGUUUGCAAUCAUGGCAGAACUUGUGGCAGCAUUGCAGGGAAUUUUUGAGGAUGAAGAUAAAUCAGACGCUAGUCAUGUUUAUUUAUCUUCCAGAAAUCACGCGAUAUAUGCUCAGAUCAGUGGUGUGCUUGCAUUUAGUACACUUCGUCAUGAAAAAAGUAGAAUUCGUGGUUAUGUGGAGACUGUCUACCGUCAAUACACCAUUGAUGAUUUCAAAGACCGUUUUCGAAUGAACAGAGACACAUUUGAAAAACUCUUACAUAUGAUGUCACCUUUUUUGAAGAACUCAAGGGGUGUACACCAGAUUACGGCUGAGAAAAAACUACUGUUGUUCAUCAAAUAUCUUUCUACGCAAACUACGUUUCAGCAACUAGCAGACAUCUUUGGUGUGUGUGAAACAAGUGUCCAUUCUGUUAUCCACGAUGUGUCUGAGAUGAUUUGCGUCAAACUUUUGCCCGAGUUGAUAAAAUGGCCAACAGGUAAAAAAGCCAAGGAGACAAUAGAUGGCUUUCAGCAACUAGCUGGCUUUCCUGGGAUAAUGGGCACUAUUGAUGGUAGUCACAUUCCCAUCCGUACACCGUCAGAAUUUCCAGAAAACUACAUCAAUCGUAAACAGUACCCUUCUAUUGUUUUACAAGCCGUGUGCGAUAGUAAGCUACUAUUCAUCGAUGUCUUUUGUGGUUGGCCAGGAUCAGUCCAUGACUCAAGAAUCCUUAAAAAUUCCCCACUUAUGGAUAAAAUUGAGGCUGAUGUUUCGCAAGUUUUCCCAGGUAACACGCAUCUCCUCGGAGAUUCAGCAUAUGCCCUAGCAUCUUGGAUGAUGGUUCCUUACAAAGACUGUGGCAAUUUAAACAAAGAUCAAAAGACAUACAACUACAUUCACAGUUCCACAAGGAUGUGUAUUGAACGUGCUUUUGGUGCGUUGAAGGGGCGGUUUCGAAGGUUAAAGUUUAUUGACUUGAAGGACAUUUCUUGUAUUGUACAUAUUGUACUUAGCUGUUGCACCCUCCAUCAGCUUUGUGUCCAGUGCAGAGAAGACCUGCUGGAUUACAUCACUGAAGGAAUGGCUGAAGCUGACGAGGCUAACUAUUUUGAGAACUUCAUGCCACUUUGUAGCAGUGCAGAGAUGAAAAGAAAAACGAUUGUUUGCACUCUCAAAUGACAGCUGUGACUUGUAGUACAAACCAAAGCGAUCAACAGCAGUAUACAGAUUUUGAGCUUUAUUCAGCAGCUACACUUGUUUCAGGCUAUCUGACUAUGUAUGUGUUUCAGGAUAUGUGACUAUGUAUGUGUUUCAGGCUAUGUGACUAUGUGUAUCAUUCAAUAUUGUUCACUUCUUACAGCAAACAAUAGUGUGUUACCAAUAAAAUUGUUUUAUUUCUAUAUUGUCUCGUGAAGUUUAAUCCAGAGUCGGAGACCAAUACAGUUUCCUAGGUACCUAACCGAACUGUUUUCCUUACCAUUCACAUGUGAUUACUGACUUACCAGUACGGAUAAUAACAGAUACAUAAAUGUAGGAUGAAACUUCAUAAUACAAAAGAUCUU